AACCAAAUUUAAGCAGCAAGCAGUUUACUGAAACUCCGGAAGAAUUUAGCAACAAAUUUAUCUCUAACAAGCCUCGAUCCGAAGUGGAAUUUCUGGUUAUCGAAAAAACCGGAAAAUUGUGGCCAUAUCAUGGAGGCAAAAAGGCACUGAGUGCCAGCACCCUUACUAGGAUUUUGCGAGAAAUAGAAUACCAAGAAAUUCCUGAAUAUAUUCUUCUCAGAGCUGCUGAAAGAGGAAAAAAUUUUCACGAUGCGGUUCAAGCAUUUGUACAAAGCGGCAAUUAUCCCUCCUUUGUUGAUUUAGUCGAA